AUGACGGAGCGACCCCAGGCGCGUGUCAUCACGUCCGCGUUCUGCAGCAGCGGAAAUGAGGACAAUGGGGUUCUUGGCAACGCUGUCGAGUCUGCGACCAGGACUGUCAGUGGUGAUGAUUUUCGCCUCUCAGCUUCGCCCAUCGUCGAGCUGGAUCGUAAAAACCUUUUGAUUGUCAAAGACGGCGUCUUGCGCGUCGCCGAGUCUUUAGAUCGAGAGCAGCAGCAGCUGGACGCCAAUGGAGAAGUUGUCAAGGCACUGGGACUCUGGACAAAGGACGAACACGAGCGCUUUUUACAGGCAAUGGAGGUCUAUCCAAAAGGUCCGUGGAAGGCUAUUGCUGAGAUGGUGGCUACUCGCACGGUGCGUCAAACCCAGACGCACGCUCAGAAGUACCGGGAGAAACAGGCGCGCCGCGUGCGCGGUCUCCGGAACCGGAACGGUACCUUGCAAACAUCUCUGACGACACGCGGGGUCGACUCUUUCCCGCACGGUGUGGGUUCGUCUUUUCCUGCGCAUGUCCACACACGCGCCUAUUCCGCUACGACCUACUACUCUCAGGCCAUGGAGCCAAGUGUCGCAACGAUGCCGCUUGCAAGGACCAUGUCAUUGCCAGCCAUGCCUUUUCGCAGCUCCUGUCUCCCGUACCACUAUUCUCCUAAUGUCUCUGCGACGACGCCCGUCUCACGAACUGAAACGAGCUCCGAGUUUCGCUAUCGAACCACAGCUGCACCCUCGAGUGCCUACCUUGGCAAAGAAACUACCAGCUCCCAGCUGUCAUCAUCAUGGACGAUCAACAGAGCGGAGACCAAGCAGUUCGUGCCGGACUUUGACGAAUCCAUGGACUUUCUCAUGGAUGUCUACUCGACCAACAUGCUACAGGUACUACCGCAGCCGUCAAGCGCAAUGGUCACGCCAACUGCGGGUGAAUCGCGCACCCCGCAGACUCCAAUGUCGUCCGUGGGGCUGAAACGGCAUCCGGGCUUUGGGUCCAUUCCAAGAGCACGAAUGCCCGUGAAGCACUUUACAUUCACUACUGACACAACUUUUGUCCAUAGAGAGCAGGGCGUCUGA